GGCCGACUGAGGUCACGUGUCGGUCUCUCAGCUACAGCAUUAGAACGCAGGACGGCCGCAUUACUGACACUGCAGUGACCGACCGGAGCAGCAUUCCACCUUCACAUUUAGAUCAACUCUGUCAAACUGAAGAACCGCUUUUGAGCAGCUAUGCCUUCUCCACUUCGUCAUCGCUUCGUGCGAGUCUUUGUGAACGACGACCGCCAUGUGAUGGCCAAGCACGCUGCUGUCUAUCCCACUCAGGAGGAGCUGGAGGCAGUGCAGAAUAUGGUCUCCCACACCGAACGAGCCCUCAAGGCCGUCUCUGAUUGGCUGGAUGAGCAAGAGAAAGGAAAUGCCAAGGCAGACACCUUGGAGGCCGAUGAAGAUGGAGAGAAAGAGACUGAGCCCAAGUCCGUGGAUCAGCCCACUCGGUCCCUGCGUGGAGUGAUGCGUGUGGGUCUGGUAGCUAAAGGUCUGCUGCUUAAGGGAGACCUUGACCUGGAGCUCGUGCUGUUGUGCAAAGACAAGCCGACCGUCACCUUGCUGAAGAAAGUGGCCGAGAACCUUGGAGAGCAGCUUAAGCUCAUCACAGAAGAAAAAUAUGACGUCAGUCCAUGUGUCCGUGAUGCCUGCAUUAUCAUCAAAAACUCCAAAGAACAACCCUUGACCCUCACCCUCCACAUGACUUCACCACUUGUGAGGGAGGAGGUUGAGAAACAGGCUGCUGGAGAAACGCAAUCAGUCAUCGAUCCUCCGGAUGUUCUGGACAGGCAGAAAUGCCUGACUGCUCUGGCGUCUCUCCGCCACGCCAAGUGGUUCCAGGCCAGGGCUAAUGGACUGCGCUCCUGUGUGAUUGUCAUCCGUAUCCUGAGGGACCUGUGUGCUCGUGUUCCCACCUGGGCCCCUCUGCGAGGAUGGCCCUUAGAACUGUUGUGCGAGAAAUCGAUUGGCACUGGCAACCGGCCAAUGGGAGCAGGGGAAGCUCUGCGCAGAGUUCUGGAGUGUCUUUCCUAUGGUAUCCUCAUGGAAGAUGCUUCCGGCAUCAGUGACCCUUGUGAAAAGGAACCAACAGAUGCUGUUGGUCACAUGAAUCGCCAGCAACGAGAGGACAUCACUCAGAGUGCUCAGCAUGCCUUAAGGCUUUCAGCUUUUGGGCAGCUGCACAAAGUACUUGGUAUGGACCCACUGCCCUCGAAAAUGCCCAGGAAACCACACAAUGAAACCCUUAUUGAAUACACAGCUCAGAUUCCACCCAGCACAACCUAUGUUCCUCCAAUGAAACGUCCCAUGGAAGAGGAGGAGACAAUGGAAGAGAAGAAUCCAAACAAGAAAAAGAAGAAAUUGCAAAAGAAAUCUCCAGAGGAGAAAGCAGAACUGCCACAAGCGAUGAACGCCCUGAUGCGUCUGAACCAGCUGAAACCAGGCCUACAAUAUAAACUCAUCUCUCAGACUGGUCCGGUCCAUGUGCCAGUGUUCACCAUGGCUGUAGAGGUGGACGGGAAGAGCUUUGAAGCCUCUGGCCCCUCCAAGCGCACUGCAAAACUACAUGUAGCUGUUAAAGUCUUGCAGGAUAUGGGUCUGCCCACAGGAGAGCAGCCGAAGGUCGCUGAACUAGUGAAGCCAGAUGAGUUGAUGAACACACAAGAGGCUGUACAGGCUCCAGUGACCCAAAUGGAGCCAGAGCCCAUACCUUCAACACCAACCAACAUGGACAGCACCACCGAUGAGAGUGCUCGACAGCAGGGCCCCAUCCUCACCAAACAUGGAAAGAACCCCGUUAUGGAGCUCAAUGAAAAACGCAGAGGACUGAAGUACGAGCUCCUCUCCGAAACAGGUGGAAGCCACGACAAACGCUUUGUAAUGGAGGUGGAGAUCGAUGGACAGAAGUUUCAGGGUACAGGAUCCAAUAAGAAGGUCGCGAAAGCAUAUGCAGCUCUUGCAGCUCUUGAUAAACUGUUCCCAGAAGGCUCCAGCCCAGAACCAAACAAGAAGAAAAUGGAUCCAAUGCACAACGCUGGAUUUGGGAUGGUUAGUGGACCUACCGAUCCGACAGCCAAUCCCAGGGGCAGAGGAAGAGGGCGUGGCAGGGGGCGUGCCAGAAAAUUUUACAAUGGUGGAUUUAACCAAGGUGGACAUGGAUCAUAUGGAUAUGGAAACAACAAUAACUCUGGCUACAGUGACUUUGUCUCUGACUGCUAUGACUACCACGAGUUUUCGACAUAAGCCGUCCAAUGUUUUCAAUAAGCACGCAAAAGUGAAACGCAAAAUAGAGACCCAGGGAAAAACACUUGGUUCCCGCACAUUAUGAACUUGUUUCCUUCGAUUUCACCUCAAAAACCUGCACCCAACAAUCGACUAACACUGUGGAUGUGAAAGGAAGUAUGCUGCCUACAGUUGCUGUGGAAACAGGAAUGCAAUAAGACGCUCUGGUAUUGGACGCUGCCCUAUUCCUCAUGCAGUGAUCAGUGCAGUUGAGCAAUUUGAUUGGCUGAUGUGUUGAGACAAAUGUUGCAAUAGUGUAACUUUGGCAGACUGAAAAUUCGAAAAGCAAACUUUCUUUACCGCAAUGCUAAAAUCAAAAUGAAGCCUUUUUUCCUGUAAUAAUGUUACAAAUGGAUUACUUUUGGAUUAGUCACUUCGAUACAUUGCCCUUUUUUCUUUUUCUUUUUUUUUUUUUCCUUUUGUUCAAUGACAAUUGUUUAUAAAGUGCAGAUUUGUUAACUGGAUGUGUGAGGAGUAGGCACAGAUUUUUAAUGUGAUAAAUUCUGUGAACCAAUGAACAAACGUGAUUUGCUGCAUUUUAAUUGUUUAGAGAAUGUAGUUUGUGGAUUGUCUUUUUUUAUUUUAAAAUAAAUUGAGUUACUUUACAAAA